CACUGGUGAUUGCCACGCCUCUUGUCGCUGCACUUCUCACACUCAGGAGACGCUUUCGCAGAGCCGGGGGAUUAUUCGACAACUGAACAUUGAUGAUCGUGUGCCUGAUUGUUGUCCCGGCAUUUUUCAUGUUAUUCUUCCAAGCAGGAAAGGUCUCACUGCUUCCGCCUCAACCUGGUAUCCGCCAAGAGGCUUUCGGUUGCUGUUCUCAAGGACUCGUGUUCCCGAGAGAUAUGGUGCCGUGUGUCGUAGAGAGCUUGAGAGACCGAGGUAGCGGUCAAGUUGAUUUGAUCCUGAAAGACAUAGCGAAGGAUGAAGGUCUCGCACUCUAUGCGCAGUAUCCUGUUAUGAUACAAUAUUUGGGAAGCAACUCGGUCCGGGGAACCAAACCUUACGAGGCCCGGGCUAUUUGGAGCAUGGCCUUCGCGACCCUCUCCGCACGCGAACUUGAAUAACAGCACAUCGAUAUGGUCCGACGGAGAUACGGCACGCUUUGGCUCGAAGACGGAGACUCGACGUCGAUAUAACAUUUCAUCGAACCAA